GUUCGCACAAUAAACGAUCCAUUCUAAGGGCGAACCAAUCAAACUGCAAAUUUAUACAAAUUGAUACUAAACGGGUUAUAUUAAUUUUAUAACAAAAAUUAAGUGUGUAAAUAAGUUUGAACGGAGUCGUAAUUAAAACUAAUUGGGUGUAAUAUAGCGUUAAUUGUUUUGUAUAGCGCCGGCUCUUUUUGUUGCGAAUUUGCCCUUUUUUCAUGGGUGUAUUUUUUUUCCAAAUAGUGUUUGAUAUUUGUAAAGUUUCUGGCGGAACUGCGCGGGCGGCUGCAGUGAGCGGGGACUGGUGUGCAAGUGUUGUUUUAUAAUUAAAGAAGACUACAAGUGUUGAAUAUAGCAAAUGAUUUGUGUGCUCGUGUGGACAAAGAUGUCGCUAUAGGGGGUGGCCGGGGGUGGCCCUUUGAGGCCAUGCUCAACAACCUCACCGCCACUGCCUUAGGAGGUCACAAGGAGGCGUGCGGCGAGGACAAGCAGCUGGAGGGCAAGGGCGAGCGCGCGCAUCAUGCGCUGGGCGCGCGCCUGCAUCUCGCACACAUACGCAACGAACACCUGCAAGGCGGGCUGCUUCAGCAACAGUCUCAACAGCCGGCUGGAGCUCACGGGGGGCACGGUGCGCACGGGGGUCACGGGGCGCACGGGGGGCACGGGGGGCACAUGGCGACGGUACCGGUUAGCAUGCCAUCCGCCGCCUCCGACAGCGACAAGCCCACCAAGCAGAAGAGGCAUCGGACGAGGUUUACACCGGCACAACUGAACGAGUUGGAGCGCUGCUUCUCCAAGACCCACUACCCUGACAUCUUCAUGAGAGAGGAGAUCGCGAUGCGCAUCGGACUAACGGAGAGUCGGGUGCAGGUCUGGUUCCAGAACCGUCGGGCGAAGUGGAAGAAGCGCAAGAAGAGUACGAACGUGUUCCGUUCGCCCGGGGCAUUGCUGCCCUCGCAUGGACUCCCGCCCUUCGGCGCCCCAGAUGUCUGCGGGGCGGGCGUCUUCGCCGACAGGCCCUGGUCCAUGCCCUCCGGUCUGGGCCAGUUGUCGCAGUCGGGCGUGUCGAUGGGCGUGGGCGUGUCGGGCUUCGGGUCGGGCGCGCUGCCGCAGCUCGCCGCAGACCUGGCGCCCGCGCAGCAGUACCAACACUACCCGCUCAACUCUAUAGGCGACUCCAUGAUGUCGUACUGCGGGGGCGGGGGCGGCGGAGCCGGGGGUGGAGGCAACGGGGGGGCGCUGGACGGCUCGCCCGCCUCGCCGCACGCGCACUGCAACACCGCCUCGCCCGGCACGCCAGGAGGUGGCGAGUGCGAGGAGCAGUCGUGGCGCGGGCACAGCAUCGCGGCGCUGCGCCGGCGCGCCUCCGAGCUGUCGGCCGCCAUCCCGCCAUAUCUGCAGCUCAACUACGACGCGCACAGCCCCGUCUACUGACCACCUCCGACAUCGCCCCGUCUACUGACCACCUCCGACAUCGCCCCGUCUACUGACCACCUCCGACAGCGCCCCGUCUACUGACCACCUCCGACAUCGCCCCGUCUACUGACCACCUCCGACAGCGCCCCGUCUACUGACCACCUCCGACAUCGCCCCGUCUACUGACCACCUCCGACAGCGCCCCGUCUACUGACCACCUCCGACAUCGCCCCGUCUACUGACCACCUCCGACAGCGCCCCGUCUACUGACCACCUCCGACAUCGCCCCGUCUACUGACCACCUCCGACAGCGCCCCGUCUACUGACCACCUCCGACAGCGCCCCGUCUACUGACCACCUCCGACAUCGCCCCGUCUACUGACCACCUCCGACAUCGCCCCGUCUACUGACCACCUCCGACAUCGCCCCGUCUACUGACCACCUCCGACAUCGCCCCGUCUACUGACCACCUCCGACAUCGCCUCGUCUACUGACCGACAGCAUCCCGCUCAUCACACGGACACCAACAAA